AUGGGGGAGAAAGCUACGGGGGAUUUAGAUUCCAGAAUAAAAUCUAUCAAUGAAAAAAUUAAAAAGGAGGAACAAAUGCGGCUAGCUGCCGUACGGGUAAAAUCCUCUACUCAAAACUCUAUGGUUCAGGCUCAGGCUGAACAGAAUAUAGUAGAUGCAUCUAGACAUAUUGUUUAUUUAACAAAAGAGUUAGAAAAGUUACACGUGAAACAGAGACACGGCUCAAAGUAUCUUAAUCAACAACAACAACAGCCAGGUCAUUCGGGUCAACCGGGUCAAUAUGGUGGUGGUGGAUUUCAAUCACCAUCACAAACGUCGCAAUUUACCUACCCAACAUAUCCACCUACUGGUGGUUUUAAUAAUAACCAACCACAACCACGCUCCGUAUCCUUGAAUCCACAGAUUACUCGUGAAGAUCCAGAAUCAAUACCUGCUGUGGGCCGCAAGACCGCAUUGUCCAAUUUGGACCUCAUCAAAUCGGAUACGCCCAUUACGAAUUUGAAGGUAUCUCUGAAACUUCAUGAACUCGAGUUUAAACUCGGUGUCGAACAGAAACUUAAAGAAGGCUCGGAAAAGAUGAUGGAAGCCGUAACUUUAUCAAAUCCAAAAGACAGGAAAAGCAUUCAAGAAGUGACGGUCAAAACGGUGGAAAAGGACGAAACCGAAAGGACAAUUAGGUCCAAACCUGGAUUGCGACGUCCUAUUACAGGAAAGUUGGAUAUUCGUAUCCUACAAGCUCGAAAUGUCCCUCAUUCACCCUUGCGUACACAAGGCAAGCCUCCGGACACCACCGUAAUGAUCAAUAUUGAUGGUACAUCGAAAGCCAAAACACGUGCUGCACGCACUGAUAAAUGGAAUGAAGAUUUCGAAUUUCAUAUAGAAAAGGCAAGUGAAGUUGAAAUAACGUUAUAUGAUAAGACUUCGGAACAACACCAAGUACCUAUUGGUCUAUUAUGGAUCAAAAUCUCGGAUAUCGCAGAAGAGCUUAGAAAGAAAAGAAUUGAAGCUGAAAGUGGUCCCGGAUGGGUCACGGCUUCGAAUGCUCAAUUUGAAAUGCAGAAUUCUCCAACGACUAAUAUGAAUAAUGCGUAUGGAGAUGCUUAUAGCGUUCCAUAUUCUGAGGCUCAAUCUCAACAAGGAAUUGGGACGACGGUUUUGCAUGACGGCAUUGAAGCUUGGUUUGAAGUUGAACCAGCUGGUCAAAUACUUCUCAAAUUAAACUUUGUUAAGGAGAAUGCUCGUAAGAGACCCGCAGAACUUGGUAGACAAGGUGCCUUUCGUAAGAAAAAGGGCGAAAUACAUGAACAAAAUGGACAUAAAUUUAUUCAGCAGAUAUUUUAUCAGGUUAUGAAAUGUGCCUAUUGCGAAGAAUUAUUCGUUAAUGAAGGUUAUCAAUGUGAAGAUUGUAAAUUAACAUGUCAUAAGAGAUGUUACUUAAAAUUUGUUACAAAAUGUAUAUCCAAAUCUAAUGCUGAAUUGGAUUCUGAUUAUAAACAACUCAAUCACCGUAUUCCGCAUCGCUUUGAAGUUAUAACUAACAUUACAGCUAAUUGGUGCUGUCAUUGUGGUUAUCUGCUUCCAUUUGGAAAGAAGGGAGCCAAAAGAUGUUCUGAAUGUAACAUUACUUGCCACGCCAAAUGUACUCAUCUUGUUCCCGAUUUCUGUGGAAUGACUAUGAAGCGUGCUAGUGAAAUGAUCGAUCAAAUUCAAAAUGCUACAAGGAUUAAAUUAGUCCACGCUGAUAGUUUUCCACCCAUUACCAAUGAAAAAAGUCCUCAGAAAUCACCAAUUCAGCCAUUGCCUCCAUCACCGCAAACAUUUGUUCAGCCGACAUAUCCUCCACCACAACCACAACCAUACCUUCCUCGAGUUUCGGAGAAUAAUUAUAGUCAACCUCCUGUACAGCAGCAACCUCAGUAUAAUCAACCAGCUCAUAUGCCGGUGACACCUUCACCGGUUAUUUCAAAAUCUCCUCCACAAGUAUCCAACGUUCCUCCACAACCCGUUCCUGUUCAGCUUCCAGUAACCCUGCCUUCACCAAUUCCUCCGAGUAAUCAGAGCGAAUCCAUAAUUCAAAAGAAUCGUAAAGUUGGUUUAGAUGAUUUCAAUUUCCUUGCUGUUUUGGGCAAAGGAAAUUUCGGAAAGGUUAUGCUUGCUGAGGAAAAAUAUACAAAACAACUUUAUGCUAUCAAGGUGCUUAAAAAAGAGUUCAUUAUUGAAAAUGACGAAGUAGAAAGCACGAGGUCUGAAAAGCGUGUGUUUCAAGCCGCCAACCAAGAACGUCACCCAUUCUUGCUUGGUUUACACUCGUGCUUUCAAACAGAAACUCGUAUUUACUUUGUUAUGGAAUAUGUCAGUGGUGGUGACUUGAUGUUGCAUAUCCAAAGAGAACAAUUUACUUAUCGACGAGCACAGUUUUACGCUGCUGAGGUCUUAUUAGCUUUGGAAUAUUUGCAUAAAGUUGGUAUUAUAUACAGAGAUCUCAAGCUUGAUAACAUACUGUUAACAUUGGAUGGACACAUUAAGAUUGCUGAUUAUGGUCUUUGUAAAGAGGAAAUGUGGUGGGGUCAUACUACCAACACAUUCUGUGGAACACCGGAAUUUAUGGCACCUGAGAUUCUUUUAGAACAACGAUAUGGUCGUGCAGUUGAUUGGUGGGCUUUUGGUGUUUUAAUUUAUGAAAUGCUCCUCGGACAAUCACCAUUUCGCGGUGAUGACGAAGACGAAAUAUUUGAUGCUAUUUUGGAGGAUGAAAUUCUCUAUCCCAUUAAUAUGUCAAGAGAUUCUGUAUCAAUAUUGCAGAAAUUGCUUACUCGCGAUCCUGAAAAACGUCUUGGAUCAGGACGUGGAGAUGCUGAAGACAUAAAGCGACACCCCUUCUUUAAAGGAGUGAAUUGGGAUGAUAUGCUUGCGAAGAAAGUCCCACCGCCUUUCUAUCCUUCAAUUUCAUCACCAACAGAUACAUCGAAUUUCGAUGAUGAAUUUACACGUGAAGUGCCCGUCCUUACACCUGUUCACAGUCAUCUAAAUUCUGAAGCACAGGAAGAGUUUAAAGGAUUUUCAUAUGUUUCAGAGUGGGUGGUUAAUGGUUAA